AUGAAUCAGUUUCUAAGAGCUGCUUUUGUUGAUGCCUUAGAUAAUCCUAUUCGUGACGAUACCUUAAAUCACUUCAGCCAUUGUCAUCUGGUGCAGCAUUGUCACUUGAGUGGAAUCAAGUGCAACUUUUGCAAUGUCACAAUCUACGCUCAAGUAAUUUCCCUAGACUAUGACCACACUCUUGUUCUAAAGCCCUUUCAGUUGGCCAAUGACGAUGAGGAGUUUCAUUGUGCGGCUUGUGGCGUUGAUGAUUCUGAACUUUAUCUGUUUCAAUCAUACUAUUGCUGCAAUUCGUGUACUUUCAAUCUUCAUGUUGAAUGUGCUUCUAUACCAACAACUUUGAACCUGAAAGUGAAAUACCCUCUUCAUUUGUUCUUUUCAUUACCAAUGAACCGUGAGGCUGCUUCACUCUCUUGCUCAAUUUGUACUAAAGUUGUUCCCACUUUGGGUUGUUGGGUAUUUUACAACCAUGAUCAUGUUUACCUUUGUCACUUCGACUGCGCUGCAAUUGUAGAAUUCUCAAUGGAAACUAAUUCAUUGGGACAACUUCAGAACCGGCUACAAACUCUGGCUAUUACAAGUCAUCCUCUAGCUCGUGCAAAUCAGCCGAGUGGGAGAGUCAUGCAUUUCACUCACCACCAUUCUCUCAAGGAAUAUGGUUCAUCCAAUUCUGAGAUGCAGCUUGUGCAACUUUUCUUUCAGGAAGGGGUACAUUUGUGUUGGUUGCAAUUACUUUAUCGACAAUAUUUGCUUCUCACUUUAUUAGAUAUUUUCUAUAAGUCUAUUAUCGGUCAGGGGAGUUAG